CCAGCCUCUCUCGCUCUUGUCGGACUGCAGCAUCGAGCGGCGAGCAUCUCAACUGGAACAAGCGGGGAGCUCACAUAUUGUCACGCGUUGCUGGCACGCAGUCUCAACGAUGGCUGAUGGCCUCGUCUGCUGAGCUCUUCCACCACUGAGGAGUUUUCCAAUUUCAACGGCCUCCUUUUCGAGCUCCAUGGGGUUCGACCUCAACACUUAAUUAUUAUCCUGGCAGCCGACUGUUGCUCGUUUGACCUUAUAAACUACUCCGACUGCUGAAACUGCUGAAAUAGGCUCCUUAUAAACACUUACUGCUCAGCUUUGUCUGCGUCAAGAUGAAUGAAACGCACAACAACAGGACUUCCCUGGUCAAAGGCGCCAAAGACAUCGCCAAGGAAGCCAAGAGGCAAGCCGGCAAGAACUUCAGCAAGGCGGUGGACCGCGCCUCGGACGAAUACUCGGCGCACCGCAGUUACAAUCGAUUCCAUAACGACGAGGAGGAGGAGAACGACUACAAUUGCCACUACGACGGCAAAGCGGCCAAUGACGAGGACGGGGCUUCCAGCGAUGCCACGGAGGGCCACGACGACGAAGACGAGAUCUACGAGGGCGAGUACCAAGGCGUGCCCGCCUACCAGGAAGGGAAACCCCGGGACGGACAGACGCCCCCGGGCCAGCCGGCAGACGACGGUCCGAAGAGCCGCAAGGAGCUGGAGAACGAGCGGCAGGCCGACGAGGAGGAGCUGGCGCAGCAGUACGAGCUCAUCAUGCAGGAGUGCGGCCACGGGAGGUUCCAGUGGCAGCUCUUCUUCGUGCUGGGCCUGGCGCUCAUGUCGGACGGCGUGGAGGUGUUCGUGGUGGGAUUCGUCCUGCCCAGCGCCGAAACGGACAUGUGCGUGCCCAACUCCGGCGCCGGAUGGCUCGGCAGUAUCGUGUACCUCGGAAUGAUGUUCGGAGCCUUCUUUUGGGGCGGCCUGUCGGACAAGCUGGGCCGUAAACAGUGCCUGCUGAUAUCAUUGUCAGCUAACGGCUUCUUCGCCUUCCUCUCCUCCUUCGUGCAAGGCUACAGCACCUUCCUCUUCUGCCGCAUGCUGUCGGGAUUCGGGAUUGGCGGCGCAGUGCCCAUCGUGUUUUCAUACUUUGCCGAGGUGUUGGCCCGGGAGAAACGUGGCGAGCACCUGAGCUGGCUCUGCAUGUUCUGGAUGAUCGGCGGCAUCUAUGCCUCGGCCAUGGCGUGGGCCAUCAUCCCACACUAUGGUUGGAGUUUCAGCAUGGGCUCCGCCUACCAGUUCCACAGCUGGCGAGUGUUUGUGGUGGUGUGUGCGCUGCCUUGCGUCUCAGCAGUGGUGUCCCUCACCUUCAUGCCCGAGAGCCCCCGCUUCUUCUUACAGAUGGGCAAACACGACGAGGCCUGGAUGGUUCUCAAGCACAUCCAUGAUAUCAAUAUGCGAGCCCGCGGAGAGCCCGAGAGAGUCUUCACCGUGAACCGGAUUAAGAUCCCCAAAUUGCUGGACGAGCUGAUGGAGAUGCAGAGCGAAUCGGCCAACCCGGUGCUGAAGGUUCUUUCAAAAGUCAAGGCAGAGCUCCGAGGGAUCUGGUCAACUUUCAUGAGAUGCUUCGACUACCCGGUAAAAGACAACACUAUGAAACUGGCAGCGGUUUGGUUUACGCUUUCCUUUGGGUACUACGGGCUGUCCGUUUGGUUCCCCGACGUGAUCAAGCACCUGCAGGCCGACGAGUACGCCUCCCGGGUGAAGAUCCAUACCAACGAACGCAUCGAAGACUUCACCUUCAACUUCACGCUGGAGAACCAGAUCCACAGAAAUGGCGUUUUCCUCAACGACAGGUUUAUUAGCAUGAAGUUCAAGGCGGUCUCCUUCGUCAACUCCUCUUUCCUCAACUGCUACUUUGAGGACGUCUCCUCCGUGGGCUCCUCUUUCAAAAACUGCACCUUCAUCGACUCCUUCUUUUAUAACACGGAUAUCGACGACGCCAAGCUGACAAACUCCAGGGUGGUCAACACCACUUUCCACCACAACAAGACGGGCUGUCAGAUGACCUUCGACGACGACUACAGUGCCUACUGGGUCUACUUCGUCAACUUCCUAGGAACGCUGGCCGUGCUGCCCGGCAACAUCGUCUCGGCCCUCCUCAUGGACAAAAUCGGCCGCCUCAGCAUGUUGGGUGGCUCCAUGGUGCUGUCGGGCAUCAGCUGCUUCUUCCUGUGGUUCGGCACCAGCGAGUCCAUGAUGAUCUUCAUGCUGUGCCUGUACAACGGCCUCAGCAUCUCCGCCUGGAACUCCUUGGAUGUGGUCACCACGGAGCUGUACCCCACCGACAGAAGAGGCACCGGCUUCGGCUUCUGCAACGCCCUGUGCAAGCUGGCCGCCGUGCUGGGCAACCUGAUCUUCGGCUCUCUGGUGGGUAUCACCAAGGCCAUCCCCAUCCUGCUGGCGUCAUGCGUGCUGGUCUGCGGUGGGUUGGUGGGCCUGCGGCUGCCCGACACGCGCGCUAACGUCCUCAUGUAAACGCCCAGCGCCACGUUUGUUUGUUUUCCUGGGCCUGUGCCACUGUUCAUUCGACGCACAUUAUAAGGGAAACUGUUCUUUUAGAUUAUUGACGUCAAAGCUAGACUAGGCCUAUCGCCCUCACAUUAUUCGAUCAUUUUAGCACGGUUAAAAGUCCCUAAAGCACAGUUGUUUAAACGUCAAAACACAAUAAACGCGACUAAAGCUUUUUAAACACUUUAUGGCUCAAAUUAAAAUAUGCUAAAGCUGCUUUUUGACCCUCGCAGGGAGCCGUAGCUUUACAUUAACGGAGCAUUUCACUCCCGUUACACCAACAACACAGACGCUAACGAAUAGAUUGACAAGCCUCACAAAAGUGAUUUUUACUUUUGUAUUUAUUUCUACAUUGAUGUCCAAAGAAAAGCAAGUAUCUCCAACUUUUAUUUGUUUUUCCUUUUCAGAAAAAAAGGAACAUAAUUGUUUAAAGGAUAAACAAACAUAAAAUUUGGAGAUACAUGCUUUCCAGUAAACAGCGACAAUGUAUUUAUUUUCUUAUUUUUACAUUUAUUUAUUUACUUCUUACUGCCACUGUCCAAUUAAAAGCAAUUAUCUCCAA